ACUCGACCGGCUCGGGCCUCGGCUACGCGGGCUGCGGCGGAAGAUGGCGGCGCCGGCCGACUGCUCCGAGGCGGCGCUGGCUGCUGCCCUGGCGGACGUGCCCGGCCUGGCGCGACUUCUGGAGAUCGACCCGUACCUGAAGCCCUACGCCCCCGACUUCCAGCGCAGGUAUAAGCGGUUUAACCAGACUUUGGACGACAUUGGAAAGAACGAAGGUGGUAUUGAUAAGUUUUCCAGAGGUUAUGAGUCAUUUGGUGUCCACAGAUGUGCUGACGGUGGCUUAUACUGCAAAGAAUGGGCCCCAGGAGCAGAAGGGGUUUUUCUUACUGGAGACUUCAAUGAUUGGAAUCCAUUUUCGUACCCAUAUAAAAAACUGGAUUAUGGAAAAUGGGAUCUGUAUAUCCCACCAAAGCAGGAUAAAUCCCUUCUAGUACCACAUGGAUCCAAAUUAAAGGUGGUUAUUAGGAGUAAAAGUGGAGAGAUCUUGUAUCGUAUUUCACCGUGGGCGAAGUAUGUGGUUCGUGAAAGUGAUAAUGUGAAUUAUGAUUGGAUACACUGGGAUCCAGAACAGCCAUAUAAAUUUAAGCAUUCCAGACCAAAGAAGCCAAGAAGUCUAAGAAUUUAUGAAUCUCAUGUGGGAAUUUCUUCCCAUGAAGGAAAAGUAGCUUCUUAUAAACAUUUUACAUGCAAUGUACUACCAAGAAUCAAAGGCCUUGGAUACAACUGCAUUCAGUUGAUGGCGAUCAUGGAGCAUGCUUACUAUGCCAGUUUUGGUUACCAAAUCACAAGCUUCUUUGCAGCUUCAAGCCGUUAUGGGACGCCUGAAGAGCUAAAAGAAUUGGUUGACACAGCUCACUCGAUGGGUAUUACAGUCCUCUUAGAUGUGGUACACAGCCAUGCUUCAAAAAAUUCAGAUGAUGGAUUGAAUAUGUUCGAUGGGACAGAUUCCUGUUAUUUUCAUUCUGGACCUAGAGGGACUCAUGAUCUUUGGGAUAGUCGACUGUUUAUCUACUCCAGCUGGGAAGUUUUAAGAUUCCUUCUGUCAAACAUAAGAUGGUGGUUGGAAGAAUAUGGCUUUGAUGGAUUUCGUUUUGAUGGUGUUACAUCCAUGCUCUAUCAUCACCAUGGAAUUGGUGAAGGUUUUUCAGGUGAUUACCAUGAAUAUUUUGGACUACAAGUAGAUGAAGAUGCCUUGACUUAUCUCAUGCUGGCAAAUCAUUUGAUUCACACAUUGUAUCCAGACUCUAUAACAAUAGCUGAGGAUGUCUCAGGAAUGCCAGCUCUGUGUUCUCCGAUUUCCCAGGGAGGAGGUGGCUUUGACUAUAGAUUAGCUAUGGCAAUUCCGGAUAAAUGGAUCCAGCUACUUAAAGAGUUUAAAGAUGAAGAUUGGAAUAUGGGCAAUAUAGUGUACACACUCACAAACAGACGCUACCUUGAAAAGUGCAUUGCUUAUGCAGAGAGCCACGAUCAGGCACUCGUUGGGGAUAAGUCACUGGCAUUUUGGUUGAUGGAUGCCGAAAUGUAUACCAACAUGAGCGUUCUGACCCCAUUUACUCCAGUUAUUGAUCGUGGAAUACAGCUUCAUAAAAUGAUUCGACUCAUUACUCACGCGCUUGGCGGAGAAGGCUAUCUCAAUUUCAUGGGUAAUGAAUUUGGCCAUCCUGAAUGGUUAGACUUCCCAAGAAAAGGAAAUAAUGAGAGUUACCAUUAUGCCAGAAGGCAGUUUCAUUUAACUGAUGAUCACCUUCUUCGCUAUAAGUUCCUAAAUAACUUUGACAGGGAUAUGAAUAAAUUGGAAGAAAGAUGUGGUUGGCUUUCAGCUCCCCAGGCCUUUGUGAGUGAGAAGCACGAAGACAAUAAGAUCAUCGCUUUUGAGAGAGCGGGUCUCCUUUUUAUUUUCAACUUCCAUCCAAACAAGAGCUACACCGAUUACAGAGUCGGAACGACGUUGCCAGGGAAAUUCAAAAUUGUGCUAGAUUCAGAUGCAGCGGAAUAUGGGGGACACCAGAGAUUGGACCACAAUACCGAUUUCUUCUCUGAGCCUUAUGAACAUAAUGGGCGUCCCUAUUCUCUUUUGGUGUACAUUCCAAGCCGAGUGGCCCUCGUCCUUCAGAAUGUGGAUCUGCCCAACUGACGAGACCUGAUUUCAGCUCCACUGGAGGAAGAUGUGUGCUUUGUUUUCCCGUUUUCAUUGUCACGAAGCUUAUAACGUGUACGCUUUUCAAAAUACAGUUGUCUAGCCGAAAUGUCAAAUGUCUGAAAUUCAGUAUUGCUUUAUGCAAAUGAAUGUCAAACUUUAAGAAGUGGAGAGGGAUUAUUUUUGAAUAUUCACAGAUCCUAGACUGUAUUUUCCAGGCAUCUAAGCAGCUAGGAUUCUCAAAUGAAGUAUUAUACAUAAUGUCUUUAAACAACUUUGCUUUCCUGGCCAAUUAUUUGAUCCUUUUAAGUUCAAAUUUGAAUCAUGUGUCAUGUAUGAUUAUUUCUGUUGAAUGUAGACAGUCUUUUUUUAAGAUGGAUAUUUCGUGGGUUUAUUUGUUCUAAUAUUUCUUGGUCUAAAUUACAAAGUACCAAGACUGUUACUGUAUUUUUUCAAAUUGUGUUUAGAAAUACUGUAAUAAAUAGUAAUAAUAUAAGAUUAAGAAUUGUAUCAAAGAUAACGUAAAAGUUAUUAUCUAUGAACUCCUCCAUGCCUCAUUUUGCAUAAGUUCCAUCUUGUAGUCUCUUGCUCACUUGGUAUCUUGGCACAUGCUGAUGUCUCAGUCUUUCCGAAGGCC